AUGCACGAGGUUAAGCUAGCCCAAGACCCGCCGCCCGGGAGGGCCCCGCCGGAGUUCACGCCGCCACCAUCCCCGAGCUAUCGACCGGGCACUGCGCACCCAGAGAUACCGAAGGCCCCUCCGCCGCCGACUUUCAACCCGAUUCCGCAGGAGGUUCCUAGCGAUCCUCCCCCCGGGAGCCCCAGGCCGAACCCGUGGCCAGAUAUCCCACGCCCACCGCUGCCGUCGCCUCCGAUGCCCGAUAUUCCCAUCCCGAAGCCGGACGUGCCGCCGCCGCAGCAUCCGGACGUCGUACCUCCGAGGCCACCGUCGAUAGAUCCGCCCCCGAUUACUCCGCCGGAUAUCGUGCCACCACCUUGGUUCCCGCCGAAGAUUACGCCACCAGGUGGUCCAUUUGGGGGACUUGUGCUUUGA